AUGUCAUCUCCCUUAGUGCAGCGGCAGAAGCUGAUCAACUCUAUUCUGCGUCAUGCGAAAAAUGGUGACUGGGAGGGGCUGAGCCAACUUCUGGAUAAUCUAGAUGUGAUGACAGCAGGCUUGGAGUACCGCCACAACAACCCACUGCACGAAGCAAUCGUUGGCGGCCAUCCCGAGAUCGUGCAGCGUUUAAUCGAUCAAGGCUUCAGCGUGGAGGAAAAGGGUGCUAAUGCAUAUUCUGUCAAGUGUAUGACACCGCUGCAUCUCGCGGCAUGGGACAAUCAGGUCCAGAUCGCACGCAUCCUGCUCGAGGCGGGCGCAGAUCCCACCCGGCUGGAUGUUACGGACUCGGAGGAGACCCAUGCCGUCUCCCGGGUGACACGCACUGCCUUUAUGACGGCUGCAUACUGGGACAGCGCAGAGGUGCUACAGCUGCUGAUCGAUCGGCUGCUGCCGUCUAACCAGAUCUCGCCCCGCGAAUGGGAGCAGGCAGUCGCCGAUGCGGCAGCAAAUCGCCAUGCAAAAUCACUGGAGAUUCUUCUGCGGUACUACCCCGGCCCAGUUUGUCAGCAGAUUCUUGACCAGGCGCUGGCGCAGGCUGCGGCGUACUGUCUAUGGGACGAGCAUGAGAUGAUGCUCCGUCCUCAGACGGUGCUCUGGGAGAGCCAGAUCCAAGUCAUUCGGCUUCUGCUCGAACGUGGAGCCAAUCCAAAUUGGAUGGGGGGCGACUCACAACAGUUGACCAUCCCCAAUCCUGCACUCAGCCAUCUUGACCGCUCAGGGGCUGUCGACCACCGAGGCAUCCCCGUCUUGGCCCAGGCAGUGUUUAACGGGAAUCCGCAAAUUGUCCGCUUCUUCCUAGAAACAACAGGGGUCGCAGUCAACAAGCGGCUGCCGUCGGAAAGGUGGUAUAAAAAUUCAAGCAUAUACUGCCCCUUAGGCGGGUCACUGCUGCAUGUUGCAGCCUAUGGAGCACCACUGGAGACAAUACAAUUACUGCUUGCAAAUGGAGCCGACUCCUUAGCACAGGAUGAUAAUCAUGCUCUGCCCUUUCAUUCAGCAUGCCAGGCCGGGCGAAUAGAUGUGGUUGAGCUGCUCUGGUCACUUUCUGACUCGGAUCAUCUGGAGAGCAAGGUGACGAAAGAUGGACGGACACCACUGCUCCUGGCUCUGGGUCCUGCCUCCUACGAUGCAAGCGCACUCUCUGUCUUGACCUUCUUGAUCGAGAAGGGGGCAGAUGUGAAUGCUCAAGACCGCCUGGGGCGGACUCCGCUGGCCUUUUACAUUCAACAACAGGGACCCUACGCGCGUGAGAGAGUUAUUGAUCUUCUCAGGAAGCAUGGCGCAGAUACCGAAGUAAUAAGAGAUUCGGAGGGCAGAACCGCCAAGGACUGGGCAAUUGAGAAGCGGUCUGAUUUCACCCUCGCCAUGACCUCCAGGCCAAGCCGUCCCAAGAAACCCAUCGCCCUGCGAACGGAAUAUCUCGCCUCUAGCACAACCACCAUCCGGGUGAAACAGCACAGCAAAAGCUGGUCGGGCGGCGAUUUCACCGUCUCCACAGUCCCAAGCGAUGGCUCCCCGGCACAGACUCUCUUCACCGUAGACGGGGACUUCGCCUCAGUCAGCCAGCGGCGGCGCGUGCAAGAUGCAACGGGUCUGCCGCUCUUCGAGAUCGCCCGCAAGCGACUCGGCGUGACGUGGUUUGUUCAUCUGCCAGGCAGUAAAGAGAAGGACAAUCCCCAGCCCAUAGCCACCAUCGUGCCCCAAUGGCACAUGCUCAAGGACAAGUUUGACGUCCACUUCAAGAAUGCGGCUGGGGGGGGAGGGAUUGGUCUGAGCGUGCGCGGUCAGGAUGUCUGGAAGUCGAGAACACACGUGUACCAUGCGGAUGCCUUGGUGAUGACCUCCAAGCUGAAGGAUAUGGUCUCGGUGUAUAUACCCGGGAAGAGACCGGAGUGGGAGAUUGAGGUUGCGGAGGGGAUGGAUCUCUCGCUGGCAUCGAUCAUUGGGGUGCUUCUUGCUACUUUGCUGUACCAGAGCAGUGGUAAAGGCAAGGCACCAAAGUCCGUUGGUGAAGAUGAUGACCCUGCUGUCGGGACAAGUAAGAAGGCGUCUUUGACGUAG